AGAAGAGAACCAAAGCCAGCGAGCGCGACGAAAGGGAGGAGUUCCGGCGAAGAUGCCGCUGUACGACAUCAUGCUGAUGCUGAAGCCGAUGGUGACGCGGGAGUCCGCGGCGGAGCUCGUGGCGCGGGUGGCGAGGCGCGCCUACCAGCGUAACGGCGUCGUCACCGACCUCAAGUCCUUCGGGAAGGUGCACCUCGGCUACGGCAUCAGGAAGCUCGACGGCCGCCAUUUCCAGGGCCAACUUAUGCAAAUGACCAUGAUGGUUCCACCUUCCUUCACCAAAGAACUCCACUAUCUGAACAAGGAGGACCGGCUGCUUCGCUGGCUGGUGGUGAAGCAUAGAGAGGCAGUGUACGGUCUGGAGUUCAUCAAUGAGGAUGACGGGAAGUACGAGUUCAACAGUUUCCGCCGUCACAGUAUUAGUAGUAUUAAAGAUGAGGACGUUGAUGAGUAUGAUGACGACGACGAUGAUGACGAGUACGAGGUAGAUCAAGAGUAGAUUUGUGUGCCAAGAUCUCUGCUCUUUCAGUAUUGGAAGAUGUGUUCUCUUUGCAAACUGUAUCUGUUGUCUUCCCAAUGUUUUUUGACUAUGAAGUAGGGCAAGAAUUAGAACCACUGAACUUGACUGGCUGUGGAAGAAGACCCCAGAACACCUGAUUUCUGAUGGUGCGUGUUGUUUUGACAUGUAAGCUGCCUGCCAAUAAGGAAUAGGUCUUCUGAUUGGUUCAUGGUCA